AUUCUUUCUUUAAACUGUAUCUACCAAUGGAAUCUCGUUUGCCCCUUCCAGCUUCAACCAGCAAUUAAAUUCAUAAAUCAAGAAAUGUCAACUCUUGAAUCUUCAUGAUAUUAUAUAAAUACCCUGUUCAUUGCCUUAAUUUCUACAUCAAUAUCAAUCAAAAUUAGCUUCUUUUUAAUUCUUCUUCCUUUUUCAGCAAGAAAGAUCGAAAAUGGGAGAUAUUGAGGGAUCUCCGGGAAGUUCCAUGCAUGGAGUUACCGGGAGAGAGCAAACUUUUGCAUUUUCUGUUGCUUCACCCAUUGUUCCAUCUGACAACACUGCAAAAUUUGAUCUACCAGUUGAUUCUGAGCAUAAAGCUAAAGUUUUCAAGCUUUUUUCUUUUGCUAACCCUCACAUGAGAACUUUUCAUCUUUCUUGGAUUUCUUUUUGCACUACUUUUGUUUCUACUUUUGCUGCUGCUCCGCUUGUUCCGAUCAUUCGCGACAAUCUUGAUCUGAGCAAAGCCGAUAUCGGAAAUGCCGGAGUUGCUUCUGUUUCCGGCAGUAUCUUUUCCAGGCUAGCUAUGGGUGCAAUUUGUGACUUACUCGGACCGAGAUACGGUUGUGCUUUUCUGAUUAUGUUAUCUGCUCCGACUGUGUUUUGCAUGUCGUUUGUAUCCUCCGCUGGAGGAUACUUAGCCGUUCGAUUCAUGAUCGGAUUUUCUCUCGCAACUUUUGUUUCUUGCCAGUAUUGGAUGAGUACUAUGUUCAACGGCAAGAUCAUCGGUACCGUUAACGGAACCGCAGCGGGAUGGGGGAACAUGGGCGGUGGUGCUACUCAGUUGAUUAUGCCGUUGGUUUAUGAUAUUAUACAGAGAAUUGGUGCGACCCCGUUUACUGCAUGGAGGAUUGCAUUUUUCGUUCCCGGCUGUCUUCAUAUUAUAAUGGGAAUUUUGGUAUUGACUUUAGGGCAAGAUUUGCCUGAUGGUAACCUUAGUGCCCUACAAAAGAAGGGCGAGGUUGCUAAGGAUCAGUUUUCCAAGAUUAUGUGGUAUGCUGUCACAAAUUACAGAACUUGGAUCUUUGUCCUUCUCUAUGGCUACUCCAUGGGAGUUGAACUCACCACAGACAAUGUUAUUGCAGAAUAUUUUUAUGACAGGUUCAAUCUGAAGCUUCACACAGCUGGAAUAAUUGCUGCAACAUUCGGUAUGGCAAACCUUGUCGCUCGUCCAUUCGGAGGAUUCGCCUCCGAUUAUGCAGCCAAAUACUUCGGCAUGAGAGGAAGAUUAUGGGUUCUAUGGAUACUUCAAACCCUAGGAGGAGCAUUUUGUAUCUGGCUUGGUCGAGCAAACACACUUCCGAUUGCUGUAUUAACAAUGAUUCUCUUCUCUCUCGGAGCACAAGCAGCCUGUGGAGCAACGUUCGGAAUAAUUCCGUUCAUUUCUAGACGAUCACUCGGAAUCAUCUCGGGAUUGACUGGAGCCGGUGGAAACUUCGGUUCGGGAUUAACUCAACUAAUAUUUUUUUCAAGCACAAGAUACUCAACGUCAACAGGUUUAUCUCUAAUGGGCAUUAUGAUUGUUGCUUGUACUAUGCCGGUGACACUCGUCUACUUCCCACAAUGGGGUGGAAUGUUCUUGCCGGCGUCUAAUGAUGCUAAAAGAGCAACUGAAGAACAUUAUUACGAAGCUGAAUGGAAUGAAGAAGAGAAGCAAAAGGGUAUGCAUCAAGGUAGUCUUAAAUUUGCUGAGAAUAGCCGAUCGGAACGUGGCCGGAAAGUUGCCUCUGCACCAACUCCAGAUACAACACCGUCCCGUGUUUGAGGAAUGAAAAAUUAAUGGUUUCUUUGUUACUAUAAUUCUAUAUAUAUAUAUAUAUAUAUAUAUAAAUAGGAUUCUUGUUUUUGUUUUAUAAUUUUCUUGUUUGAUAUUGCUUUUGUUUUUGUAUAUCAUAUCUUAUCUAAUGAAAUAUAUCCAUAUUGUUU